CUUUAAGCUUCGAUAGCUUCGACUUUUGUUUACAUCAACAAAAGUCACUCCAGCAUGAGUUUAAUAUCAAAAAUCGCUACAAAAGUAGGGACAGUGGUUGGGGUUGGGUGUACACUUCAUUGUUUUUUCGAAUAUAUUGCAGAUUUUGUCGUCUGUUCCGGUGAAUCUAUGCAACCAACACUUUCCAGCAAUAACAUUCUUCUAUGUAACAAAUUAGCACAAAGACUAAACAAAAUCCAACGCAAUGAUAUUAUUAUAGCUGUUCAUCCUGUAUCACCAAAAUCAUUAAUUUGUAAGAGAAUCAUUGGAUGUGAAGGUGACAUGAUAAUUAUGAAUGAUAAGGACGAUACAGACAAUAGCGAGACACAAACUAUCAUAAUUAAACGGGGCUCAUGCUGGCUAGAAGGUGACAAUCGUAUAAACAGCACCGAUAGUAGAAAUUACGGACAAAUUCCAGUUGGAUUGAUUAAAUCAAAAGUUGUUGCUCGACUUCCGUGGAUGAAAAAUUGUUCAAAGGAAAUACAUGAGAGAUAUGGAGCUAGACCAGCAUGCUUGUGGGCUGUUAUUAUAGAUGAAUACAACAAUCCGAAAGAAAUUCAAAAAUGUUCAAAAAUUGGCGACAUCCACCUAUCAGCCUGUGACGUUCUUCGUCUUAAGGAGCAUGUCAGAGAAUGUUCGCUGUGUGAAUACGACAAGUGCAAUCGACUGAAAGGCUUCAAUAGUUCCGAAAAAUUCUCAUUCAAUACUUUAUUAUGGAUUAUAUCAAGCAUAAUUAGCAGUCUUUUAUGACACUUUUAAUAGAAUUAUUAAUGAUUUUCGUGAAAUUAAUAAUAAGCUAUAUUGCAUGUAAGGCGCAAUUAUGGAUUGUAAUUACAAUCAUUUCUGUAAAUAUUAGACAUAAGAUUACAAAUACUGUAAAUGUUGUAAGCUCAAAGAUAGAAACCUUUUUUGUGGCAGUUAUUGGUUGUGAUUUUUC